AUGAAGGAAUGUAUGCAUACACAGACAGUUCCCUUGCGCAGGUGCCCGGCCUUACUGUGUUCAGUGCAGAUAUUUAAGGACCAUAAUGCUGCUGAAGCCUCCCGAGUUGCAUACGACAAUGGACAGACAGCAGCAGAUGGGGAUGCCUGGAAGAACACAUACAUCCAGCUGGGAUUGGCACACAACUCCACGAGUGACAAGGAGACAGUGUUUCUGGGAAACGUGCAGGCUCUGGGCUUCAUGCUAGGGACACAGGUGCAAAUGAGGACUGUGGAGUUUACAAAUGGCCCAAAGGCUCACCCUGUUCUGCCGAUGAAGCAGCUGGCGACAGAGAUUCUCCGAGAUUAUCCGAAAUUGCUGUUGUUUGGGCAUGAGUAUACGGAUUUGGUGAAAGUGGAGACGGAAUUGGCGCAAUUCUGGGCCCGGUUCCGCACCACCUGGCAUGACCAUGAUGAUGAGCACGCUGGGUUUGGCCAAGGCAACAAAACCCUGGACAGCCUUCUCAGGCACUUCGUGCAGGAUGCAAGAGACUGCUACUAUGAUGGUCUUGAUUCGAGAAACGGAAAAUUUUACCUUGUGCUAAUCCGUCUUGAAGGAGAUUUGCCAGCCCAGGCAAAGCUAUCACAUUCAGGCCGCAACUUUACGAAUGACCCGAACCCGAUGUGCCCGUGGUGCUUAGCGGAUGGAAGGGGACUCCCAUUCGGAGACUUCCGCCGGAAUGCCCUGUGGCGAACGACGAUUGCAACCCAACCUCCUUGGAAUACAUCGAGUCCUUUGCAUGAUCUGCCGGGAGGUGAAGAUGACAGAUUCCUGGCCAAGGAUUUGUUCCACAUAUCCCACCUGGGCAUAGCGAGGACCUGUGUUGCAUCUGUGAUAUGUUUCUUGGUUGCGGUUGGUGGGCACUUCCACCCCACUGAAGGUGGUGUGUCGGUGCCGGCAUGUUUGAAAGAGGCCUACAAAGCCUUCGCUUUCUUUUGCAAGAACAUCCUACAUGAGACACCGGAUGUCAAGACCUUCUCACGAGAGAAAAUGGGCUGGAAGUCUCUAGCGAAGAUGCCGGAGACUUCCUGGAAAGGCUCUGAUAUCCGCUUGCUCACGAAAUGGCUGGUGGACUAUCUGUCGAGGCCCUGGCUAUUCGAUGAUGUCACUGGGCAUGUGUACGAUUUUCUUACAGCGCUCGACGACUUUCAUCGCCUGUGUUAUGUGGAUUCGAAUCGGGUGUGGAUGAACAAUGCACAGAUGCGGACUGGACGAUCGCUCCUCGCCCGUUUUUUCGCAGGCUACUCGAAUGCUGCUCAGUUGUGCCAUGCUCAAGGGUGGUUGUUCUUUAACAUCACCCCGAAGUAUCACUAUCUGCUGCACAUCGAGCAUGAUAUGGCACAGUCGAAGGGCCACAGCUGGGGCUUUAAUCCGGCGUGCUUUACGACACAGAUGGACGAAGAUUAUAUGGGUGUCUCUUCUCGAAUGAGUCGUUGUGCUCACCCUCUGGGAGCUGCAAAGCGCACGGCUCAGAGAUGGCUCAUAUAUUCUUGGCUCCAAUGGAAACCCUGGAGGUUUCAGUGCUGA